AUUUUCGUUCAUUCCCGCUUCUGUAGUCUCUCGGUGAGGACGUGCCUUUCAUCCCAAAGUGCUCUCCUUACGAUAAGUCGGCGCGGUUCGCGUGUGAACGAUCCCAGAACGAGUGACCUACCGCCAGCCGGAAGCAGUGUCCGUGUGUAGUUGACCGGUGUCAGUUCUUUCUCGAUAGUGUUGUGUUGUUUUGAGGAUAAUUUGAGUGCAAAUGCAGCGGACGUUUUCUUGGCAGUAGAAGUGAAUUGCUUUCCGCAUUGACAAGCAUGAGGAGGAUUCGAGUGGUGGAGCAGGAAAUAACGUGGUGCUGACAUUCUGAACACUAACCGUGCAACCGUCUAAUUGAGAUCGGAAUCUUUAAUUGAACCUAAUUGACCUAACGAAUCGAAUUGAGUGAGUGUUUGUGGUUCGGUGUUAGUGCGCGGUUUGUUCUUACUUUGCUUGACUGACCUAAACCGAGAAUGGCGGAGGAAAGCCUUCACGUACCCGAUACCAAUAUCGACUUCCAUAUCGUUCAACUGUUCGAACGAUUGGAGAGUCUCCGGAGGGAGCCGGGAGGUGCCAAGCUAUCCACCACCCUGCAGGGACGCAUCAAUAUGCACAACGAACUUCGGAGUCUGGAGUUUUGGAGAUCCAUAACCGCCGAGUGCCUGGCAACGUUUUUCUACGUAUUCAUCGUUUGCGGGGCCGCGGCCGGUGCCGGUGUCGGGGCCAGCGUUUCAUCCGUCCUGCUCGCAACGGCCCUCUCCUCCGGUUUUGCCGUGACGGCAUUGACCCAGUGCUUUCUGCACGUGUCAGGAGCCCAUAUUAAUCCGGCGGUGACUAUCUCGCUGGCGAUAACCCGCACGAUAUCACCCCUGCGUGCUAUCCUGUACAUGAUAGCCCAGUGCGGCGGAUCCAUAGCCGGUGCAGCCCUACUCUACGGCGUGACGGUUCCCGGCUACCAGGGCAACCUGCAGUCGGCGGUGUCGCACACCUCGUCCCUAGCGGUCUGGGAACGGUUCGGUGUCGAGUUCAUCCUGACCUUCGUCGUGGUGCUGUCCUACCUGAUCUCGACCAAUUCGUACAAAAAAUACUUCGGCUCGUCGGCGAUCGCCAUCGGUGCCGCUUACAGUGCAUGCAGUUUCGUAUCGAUGCCUUACCUGAAUCCGGCUCGCUCGCUUGGUCCGUCCUUCGUGCUGAACAAAUGGGACAACCACUGGGUCUACUGGGUGGGUCCACUGAUCGGUGGCAUCGUCUCGGGCCUUCUUCACGAGUUUAUCUUCAGCACCAAGAAAACCAUGAAAAAACUGAAGGACGAAGUCGAUUCGAGCAUCAACUCCGACGAGGACGUCAACUACGACAUGGACAUCGAAAAACCACAGCAACAGGGCAAAUACCACACCUAUCGUUCGGCCGGUGGAACCCUGCCCAACCAACAGCGGUACUGUCAGAGUAUCUAUACCGCCGAACCAACCUCGAAAACCGAUCGCGUCGAGUCGAUUUACGGAGGAACCAAAUCCAUGUACUGCAAGUCCCCACCGCUGACCCGCGCCAACCUGAACCGUUCGCAAUCGGUUUACACCAAAAGCAACACCGCCUUGAACCGUGAUUUGAGUGUCCGAUCUGGACCACUCGUUCCCGCCCAGAGUCUGUAUCCGUUGAGAGUAACUCAACCGCAGAGUUCCCAUCUGCAGAACCAAAACGUUCAGAAUCAACUGCAGCAGCGAUCGGAAAGCAUCUACGGCAUUAGAAGUUCAAUGCGCCAGCCAGGACCCGGAGAACGCAUGCCGCAGCAAAUUCCAACCCACCCACAAGCCGGAGAUCCUCAAGCUUUCCAGCCGAUCUAUGGCACCCGCAAUAACCCGAACUGCUCGACGGACGCUCUCAAGUUCGAUCGGGAACCACGGGAAAAUAGUCGCGAUGAUUCGAUGUCUUCCAAGUUUUCCCGAUCGGCCCGGCCCGAAUCCAUGUAUGGGGUUUCCGGCCAGCGGCGCGUUCAAUCGGCCCAAUCGGACGAUAGUUCCUACGGUUCGUACCAUGGAUCCGGUCCGGCUAUCACCCCGCCCACUCGCAAUGCCAGCAAUAGCAGCAGCAACUACAACGGAGGCCUAAUGCUACCCAACUACGGACCUCAUCCACCCACCGGUCUAACCCAAAUGCAAACGGAAAGAAAAUCUUCAUCAUCAUCCCAACAGCAGCAGCAACAACAACAGCAACAACAACAACAACAACAACAACAUCAACAACAACAUCAACAACAACAUCAACAUCAGCCGCAACAGCCACUAAACCGAAGUGCAUCGAGUAUACAGAACUGCAACCUCCCACCACCACCUCAGAUGCAAACCCAUCAGGCCUACCAAAUGCAUCCGGUGCGGCAGAACUAGAACGAGCUCGACGAGCGUUACCCGCGAGAGCUACCCGUGUAAAUUGAGUGUUUUUUCUUGUUUUUUAGUUUGAAAAAGAUUUUUUAAACUAGUUAGUCCUCUUUUUUUACCCCUUUCUCUCGAUAGGCCGUAGCAUAUGUUUAUUUAUUAUUAUUUUUUGUUUGAAUGUGAGUGUACUUUCGCGGGAUCGUUCGUCCUAACGUAAAUAACAUCGAAACCAGCGAAUGUUACGAUCUAUAACAUUAAGACUGAUUAAACUACCAACACCCCCCCCCCCCGCCCUUUUUGUAUGUAGAGAUUUUAUGUAUACCCUAGAAGAAGUUGUUGAUGCUCUCCAACCAUAUAUAUAUGCAUGAAAAAAGUUAAAUCGCGAAAGAAGUUACAUCAUCGUCACCGUUUUCCUUUUUACAAAACUGCCACCCAGAAUACAAUGAGGUGAACGAUAAUGUCUGACUCUAGAUCUUUAUAUAGACUGUCAAUGUAACCUUUGUAGAAUAUUUUCAUCUAUCUCCAACUAGUACAAAUGUAUAUAAUUAGCUAGAAUGUGAUUCCAUUCAAUUAUCGAGCAAAAAAGCAACGAAAGAACAAACAGUUUCAGCAUAUGCAUUUUUGAAUAUUGGAAGUAAGAUGUGUUUGACAGAAUACAAAUAGAUUUGUUGUUUCUAAUUAUAUUGUAAAUAUUUAUCGGUAGAAUAGGAGAAAUAUAAAAUGAAUCAAUAAAGAAGUUGCCAUCUAGAAAA